AUGGCGCUGGUGGAGAAACCCUCAAUCGCGAGUCUCUCUUGUUUGUUUUUGUGCCCUAAUUCAUUUCUCUGCAACCCCAAUGUUCUCUCAAUCCGCUCUUUUUCGACUGCGAGGGUUAAAAAAAUCACAACCCCUUCCCCUGAAAUUUACGAUGUGUUGGUCCAUAACCACCAAUUUUCUCCUGAAUUGGCCGCCGCACUUGCUUCAUCGCGCUUACCUAAAUCUACAACUCCCGGAAGAGCUGAUUCAGUGUUGUCAUUCCUUAAAGAGAAGAGCUUCACGACUGCUCAGCUGCAGAAACUCGUCGGAUACUAUCCUCGGAUUCUAGGGCUUACGAUUGAGGGCUUUGAAUUCAGAUUCAAGCCAUUCCGAGACUUGGGGCUUUCUUCCGAGGAGAUUGCGAAGAUAAUUUCCAAUAAUCAGAUGAUUUUGCAGUUAUCUAUGGCCAGCAACAUCAUUCCCAAAUUAUCGAUGCUGAAGGGCUUGCUGGGAUCCAAUGAGGAGGUGGCCAGACUCUUGAAAAAUUGCGCAUGGUUUGUGUUGUCUGAUUUAGAGAAGAAGUUAAUGCCAAAUGUGGAAAUCUUGAAGAGCUGUAGCAUACCAAUGGAGCGUAUCGUUCACUUCCUCCACUCCGAGCCGAGAUGUUUCCUAGUCAAGUCGGAUAUUAUGAGGAAAUCUGCAGACAAGGCCAUCGAAUUUGGGGUCUCUCGGACUUCGGUUGUUUUCAUCCACGCUCUCAAAGUUCUCUCUUUUACGGGCGAAGAGACGUGGGAAGUCAAGAUGGAAACUCUCCGUGAUUUGGGAUUUUCUGAUGAUGAUAUAUUCACAAUGUUCAGAAACCACCCUAAUGUGUUUGGAGCGUUGGCAAAGACAAUGAAGAAUAAAAUAGAUGUUCUGCUCGCUACCGGGAAGUACAAUAUAUCCGAUAUUGUCGCUUUUCCGGCGGCACUUGGGUUCAGUAUUGAGAAGAGGCUUGAGCCGCGGAUCCAAAUUCUAAGAUGUUUGGAAAGUAGGAAUCUCAUUGAAAAGUGGCCAGCUCUUUCGGGACUUUCUAGAUCUACAAACGAUAGAUUUUUUGACAGCUUUGUUAGGCCUUAUUGCGACGAGAUUGGCCGUGAAUGUAUCACAAAAAUAUGUCAAGGGCAAAGGGAAAUGAAGCUUUCAGUGGAUGUUCAAGAAACUUGUAUGAAGUCCUAG